GUCACAGCUGGAAGGAUAAUAAGAUGCGCAUGAAUUUACAAACUGGAAUAAAAGAUAUGAGGAAUUAAAUGGACUGCGCGGUUUUGUUUCAACGAGCCCGCGCGUCUAACUUGAGCAGGUAUUUCUAAAUCCCCGCUGCGCCUUUUGCGCGACUCUCCCACCCCUCCUCCAAGAAAAAAGUGCAGAAGAAUAAACUUCAGGCUCCGCUUUCCCCAGUUGAUGGAGUUGAAAAGUCCCAUCUCCCGUCUUCUCACAAUGGAAAGAAAAGCGCUCGUCGCUGGGAGUGAAGGCCUCCUGUGGUCAGAGUGGAUUACUGACUUCACUAAAGAGAAGGAGCAAAACUCCAGGAUAUGACGUUUCUCGCAGUAACUUUACUGCAGAAAUCUGCGGAUUGUUCCCAAAGUUUUCCUCCAUCGCCUUCCCAUCGACAGGACAAUGCACGAGCUCAGACCAGGCGCUCCCCCUCCGACGAGUCUGUUCCCAGAGGCCGAGCCGAGCUUCCUCCCGCCGGCCGUGACUGAAUCUUCUACUCUUCGGCAUUUCGCAACGUUUGCAACUGGAAGAAGAAACCCAAUGUCUGCCUCCUCUCCCCCAUCCUUACCUCGAGGCUUCCUCCACUCUCUCCAUCCGCACCACCCGCCCUUGCCAUCCGCCCCGCCGCCCAGCCCGCCCGGACAGAUCUGCACGGCGCUGUCCAACGGCAGUCACAGCGCCCCCAGCCCCACCAACUCCCGCAGCUCCUUCCAUGGGGUGUCCUUCCUGCUGCAGAUCGGGCUGACCAGAGAGACGGUGAACCUGGAGGCCAGUGACCUCACGCUGUCCGCUGUCAAGGACCUGGUGUGCUCCAUAGUUGAUCAGAAGUUCCCAGAGUGUGGCUUCUUCGGGAUGUACGACAAGAUCUUGCUGUUUCGCCACAAUUUAAACGAUGAGAACAUCCUGCAGAGGCUGACUUCAGUAGAAGACAUCCACGAAGGGGACCUAAUUGAGGUGGUGCUCUCCGCACAAGCCACCGUCGAGGACUUCCAGAUCCGACCCCAUGCCCUGUACGUCCACUCCUACAAGGCCCCCACCUUCUGUGACUACUGCGGGGAGAUGCUGUGGGGUCUGGUCCGGCAGGGCCUCAAAUGUGAAGGAUGUGGGCUAAACUACCACAAGCGAUGUGCCUUCAAGAUCCCCAAUAAUUGUACGGGUGUGAGGAAGAGGCGACUGUCCAACGUGUCGCUGCCGGGGCCAUCUCUCACUGUCCCGCGACCGUUGCCUGCUGAAAAUGCCGUGGUCGUCCCAGAUGAGCAGCAGCGGUCCCAUCAGGAGGCAGGGAAGCGCAUCCUGUCCUGGAGCGGGAGGCCUAUCUGGAUGGAUAAGAUGGAGAAGACGCGAGUUAAGGUGCCCCACACCUUCGCCAUUCACACGUACACCCGGCCUACCAUCUGCCAGUACUGCAAGCGUCUCCUCAAGGGUCUUUUUCGGCAGGGCAUGCAGUGUAAAGAUUGCAGAUUCAACUGCCAUAAGCGAUGUGCUUCAAAGGUACCAAGAGACUGUUUAGGGGAGGUCGACUUCAAUGGAGAGCCAGCUAGCCCUGGGCCGGACUCGGACACUACCAUGGACACUAUGGAGGUGGACAGCAGUGAAAUGGAUGGGAGCAGAGGAUUGGACGAUUCAGAAGAACCGUCCACUCCGGAUGGGAUGUUUGUUAUGGAUUCUCCCUUCAUGGAUCGAGAGAAAGAUGAAGAACCUAUCAAAGCUAUCAGCCCUUCCACGAGCAGCAACAUCCCUCUAAUGCGGGUGGUCCAGUCCAUCAAACACACCAAGAGGCGGAGCUCCACUGUGGUGAAGGAGGGCUGGAUGGUUCAUUAUACGAGCAGGGACAAUCUGCGGAAGAGACAUUACUGGAGGUUGGACAGCAAGAGUCUGAGUCUCUUCCAGAACGACACCGGAGCCAAGUUCUACAAAGAAAUCCCCCUGUCCGAGAUCCUUCAGGUGGAGCCGUUCCGAGAUUACAGCAACCUGGCGCAGGGCAGCAACCCUCACUGCUUCGAAAUCAUCACCGCCACCAUGGUCUACUACGUAGGGGAGAACAACGGCAGCCACUACCACAGCCCGGCUCUGGCCGCCUCUGGAGUGGGCAUGGAGGUGGCCCAGGGCUGGGAGAAGGCCAUCAGACAGGCCCUGAUGCCCGUCACCCCUCAGCCCAGCGUGGCCAGCGCUGCCGGUCAGGGGAAAGACCACAAAGAGCUGUCCAUCAGCAUAUCUGUGUCCAACUGUCAGAUCCAGGAGAAUGUGGAUAUUGCCUCCGUGUACCAAAUAUUCUCUGAUGAAGUGCUGGGAUCAGGCCAGUUUGGCAUUGUGUAUGGAGGCAAACACCGAAAGAGUGGCAGGGAUGUGGCCAUCAAGGUUAUAGACAAGAUGAGAUUUCCUACCAAGCAGGAGAGCCAGCUGAGGAAUGAGGUGGCCAUUUUACAGAAUCUGCAUCAUCCAGGCAUCGUCAACUUGGAGUGUAUGUUUGAGACGCCAGAGCGAGUGUUCGUCGUCAUGGAGAAGCUGCACGGCGACAUGCUGGAGAUGAUCCUGUCGAGCGAGAAGAGCAAACUACCUGAACGAAUCACCAAGUUCUUAGUCACACAGAUUCUGGUGGCUUUGAGACAUCUGCACUUCAAAAACAUUGUUCACUGUGACUUGAAGCCUGAGAAUGUACUACUGGCCUCUGCAGAGCCUUUUCCUCAGGUUAAGCUGUGUGACUUCGGUUUUGCUCGUAUCAUCGGCGAGAAGUCGUUCAGGCGGUCUGUAGUGGGCACCCCAGCUUAUCUAGCUCCAGAGGUGUUGCGCAGUAAAGGCUACAACCGCUCCUUAGACAUGUGGUCAGUGGGAGUCAUUGUCUACGUCAGCUUGAGCGGGACCUUCCCUUUUAAUGAGGACGAAGACAUCAAUGAUCAGAUCCAGAAUGCUGCCUUUAUGUACCCCCCAACACCCUGGAAGGACAUCUCUGCAGAAGCCACAGAUCUGAUCAACAAUCUUCUGCAAGUCAAGAUGAGGAAAAGAUACAGUGUGGAUAAGUGCCUCAGUCAUCCCUGGUUACAGGACUAUCAGACAUGGCUGGACCUGAGGGAGUUUGAGACGCGGCGAGGCGAGCGCUACAUCACCCACGAGAGCGAUGACGCACGCUGGGAGGAGUACGCAGACGAGCACAAUCUUGUUUACCCCAAACAUUUUAUCAUGGCUCCCAACCUGGAUGACAUGGAGGAGGACCCCUAGUGGCAAAGGGGAUGUAUUACAUUACAAUGAUGACUGGGAUUGUCACAGGGACUUUUCGAAAGAGGCUUUGGGAGUGGCAGGUUUUCCCUCCAGAACUGUUUGUUGUGGAAACAGAGAAGCCGAUCAGGUGGAGAACUGCUCUCCAGAGGCUUUGAGAGCGGGGGAAAAACCCAUCACUUUUUGUAGCACAGUGCUCUUGACACAUUUCGUGGCUGGAGAUGGGCGUUACCGAAACGCACCGAGAGACUGUCAGCAGAAAGGAGUGUCCUCACUUCCUUUUUGUAAAAUAGGGUAACAUUCCAUGGAUUUGCUCCGUUUUGGUUCACUUUUGAGAACAAUCACGAGCCAGAAGAUGAGCCUGAUAACUAAAAGUGUUAACAUAGGCAUCAUUUUGGACAAUGUUGCGCAGUAAUGUUCUUGAUGUAAGAGAGAAGAUCAGAGGAAAAAGAGACGCUUACACCAGGAGUAAAGGGCACUUUUCACAAGGGAUUUACAGUCUGAGAAUUAAACACACAAAGUUGUUCUCAUUUCUGAACUGUUUGUGAGACUGUCCUUUGGCACGAACUGGAACUAUCACAUGUAUAUGUGUUGGAGUUUUUUUUGUUGUUGUUUUUUUAACGUAUUUAGUAAUUGUGAUAGGUUUUGCACUAUAAAAAAUAUUGAACAAUUGAAUAGAAACACUAUUCGCUGCUACAGAGAGCAAACAAUUUUACAUGUGCAAAGUGAUGAAAUGAGGUAAUCAGUAGAAAGCUCACACAGGUUUGGCUGCAGGUAUUUUCAACCAGCACGUUGUCAAGUUUGAUCUGUUAGUGGCAGCUAAUAGUGUGUAAGUUGUAUCAACUUUCACGUGAAGACUCCAAAGUUUGUUAAAACAGAUUGUUCCAAAUUGUUUUUCUUUGUCCAACGUUGUGAAUUUCUUGUGAAUGAACUUGGUAAAUGUCAGAAAGAUGCCAAUGCAGCUUGUGGUUUUCAGCACGAGCGUAAAUCAAGCAAUAAAUCAAGCGGUGGACUAUCUUAUAUUGUAAUGUUUCUGUGACCCCCUUUUUUGCUGUUUUCUCAAAUGUGACUUUUGAAGCACUCCGCCUUCUGGAGAAAGCGUGUUUGAUGCUCUGCAGGUGUCAGAAACAUCUCUUUGCCAGGGGUGGGCAAUCUGGGUUUUACACAGAACAAAAUAUUGAUGUCAGUGUCCUUGUUUGUUAUGUUAUCUUGGCCAUUUCAACAUCCCUUCUGUGUGCAGCAGGCGAUGUGUAAACUGGGUAUAAUGACAGUUUGGUUAACAUGGGAGUUUAUUGUACUACAGUCUUAUACUUUGCUCUGCUUGUGUGUUUUGGGAGUAAGUUUCUGUUUCCUUUUGUCCUUCUCCUGUCUUUGUUGCCGCUGGAUUGGCAGGUGUCAGUGUUUUGUAUAUUUCAGUACAUACCAAUGGAAUUAAACUGAACAGUGAAUGAAA